AUGUCUCUACUAGACGAUUAUUCUGGAUUAAACCAAAGGCAUGUAAUUAUACAGAACACCAUUGAAGCAUUGGUAGAAACCCACAUACAAAAUACGAAACGUUUGGACGUUACUAACAGAAAUGAACAUUUAGCAGCAAUCAAGGACGGAACAGAAAUAAGACGUUACGUAAGAAUUCAGGUUAUUGGUAAAGAUGGAGUUGGCAAGUCAAGCCUUGUACGCAGAUUAGUUGGAGAUGAUGAUACAAAACUAAGAAGCACAGAUGGAAUCGAUAUUGUUAAAAAAUGCCAAAUAAGAACAACUGAUGGUAAAUGGGUUAUUGGUGAAGGUGAAACAGAGAGGAAGAAAAUAAUAAAAAGGAUACAAGAGGCUGUUUAUAAAGAACAAAAACAAAGCCAAUCAGUUCCUGAUCAAGUAAUUCCACGUGAAAGGGAGAACAACGAAAAAGAAGCAAUUUUAUCAAAUGAACCGUUGUCGGAACUUGAAAGAAAACCAGAAAACAAACCCCUAACUAAAGAUAAAAUAAGAAUAGCGUCACCAGGUUCAAAUGCAGUGGACACAUCAUUGCCAGGUGAAAACAAAGUGACCAUAGGAGACACUGUAACCUUCCUUGCAGGAAAGUCUGAAAUUGAUAUACCUAACGAAAAUUAUGGUGUUCUGUCGAAAGAUAUCAAAAAAGCCGAAAAUUUAGUAAAAGCUGACGAUAUGAGGAAAAAGAUAACCGAACAAAUGAAUGCAAUUCUUGUUAAAGUAAAAAAAGAUCAAGACAGAAUGACAUCUGAGAGUUUGGUAGAAUGUGGUUUGUGGGAUUUCGCGGGCCAGAAAGACUAUUAUGCCACACAUCAGACUUUUUUAAAUCCACAUGCUAUCUAUCUUCUUGUUACAAAUAUAUCUGAAGACAUAGCAGCUACAGAAGGUGACAACAACUUUGAUUCAAUUGAAGGUUGAAGAUAGGAAACAAGAAUAUAUCGAAAGAUUUAAAGAAAUUUUUGGAGAUCAAGAUAAAGCUAAUCACAAUAGAGGCAUCUUCUUUAUUUCUAACACAGAUUUUCUUAAAAACGACAUGAUUACAA